GGAAGUGGUAGCCGUCAAUCACGAGGGGAGACUUCCAAACAGUGAGCCCUGAGCUGGAGAACAGCGUUUACCGGCGGGGCGGCCGGUUUUGUGAAUGAAGCUAUGGCUACAGAUUCCCCCAGAAGACCCAGUCGUUGUACUGGUGGAGUUGUGGUUCGCCCCCAGGCUGUCACGGAGCAGUCCUACAUGGAAAGUGUUGUGACUUUUCUACAGGAUGUUGUGCCACAGGCUUACAGUGGAACACCUCUAACAGAAGAAAAGGAGAAAAUAGUCUGGGUCAGAUUUGAAAAUGCAGAUUUAAAUGAUACAUCAAGAAAUCUGGAAUUUCAUGAAAUACACAGCACUGGGAAUGAGCCUCCUUUGCUGAUUAUGAUUGGCUACAGUGAUGGCAUGCAGGUCUGGAGCAUCCCUAUCAGUGGGGAAGCACAGGAGCUCUUUUCUGUCCGAAAUGGCCCAGUUCGAGCUGCUCGAAUCUUGCCUGCGCCACAGUUUGGUGCUCAAAAGUGUGACAACUUUGCUGAAAAACGUCCCCUGCUUGGUGUUUGUAAGAGCACUGGAUCUUCUGGCACUAGCCCACCUUACUGUUGUGUGGAUCUACAUUCACUUCGUACUGGGGAGAUGGUCAAGUCCAUUCAGUUUAAAACACCUAUCUAUGAUCUCCACUGCAACAAACGGAUCCUCGUCGUAGUCUUGCAGGAGAAAAUUGCUGCCUUCGAUAGCUGUACUUUCACAAAAAAAUUUUUUGUCACAAGCUGCUAUCCUUGUCCAGGGCCCAACAUGAACCCUAUUGCUCUUGGGAGCCGCUGGCUGGCUUAUGCAGAAAACAAGUUGAUUCGAUGUCAUCAGUCCCGUGGCGGAGCCUGUGGAGACAACAUUCAGUCUUAUACGGCCACAGUCAUUAGUGCUGCUAAAACAUUGAAAACUGGCCUGACAAUGGUUGGAAAAGUGGUGACUCAGCUGACAGGCACACUGCCUUCAGGUGUGACAGAAGACGAUGUAGCCAUCCAUAGUAAUUCAAGGCGGAGUCCAUUGGUCCCCGGCAUCAUCACAGUAAUUGACACUGAAACAGUUGGAGAGGGCCAGGUGCUUGUGAGUGAGGAUUCGGACAGUGAUGGGAUCGUGGCCCACUUCCCGGCUCAUGAAAAACCAGUUUGCUGUAUGGCUUUUAAUACAAGUGGAAUGCUUCUAGUCACAACAGACACCCUUGGCCAUGACUUUCACGUCUUCCAAAUUCUGACUCAUCCUUGGUCCUCGUCACAAAGUGCUGUCCACCAUCUGUAUACCCUUCACAGGGGAGAAACUGAAGCCAAAGUACAAGACAUCUGUUUCAGCCAUGACUGUCGUUGGGUUGUGGUCAGUACACUCCGAGGGACUUCCCACGUUUUCCCAAUCAACCCUUAUGGUGGACAACCUUGUGUUCGAACACAUAUGUCGCCACGAGUCGUGAAUCGCAUGAGCCGUUUCCAGAAAAGUGCGGGGCUGGAAGAGAUUGAACAAGAACUGACAUCUAAGCAAGGAGGUCGCUGUAGUCCUGUUCCAGGCCUAUCAAGCAGCCCUUCUGGAUCACCGCUGCAUGGGAAACUAAACAGCCAAGACUCCUAUAAUAAUUUUGCCAACAACAACCCUGGCAACCCUCGACUCUCUCCUCUCCCCAGCUUGAUGGUGUUGAUGCCUCUUGCACAAAUCAAGCAGCCGAUGACACUGGGGACCAUCACCAAACGAACGGGGCCUUAUCUGUUUGGAGCGGGGUGUUUUUCCAUAAAAGCUCCAUGCAAAGUUAAACCACCUCCACAAAUUUCACCCAGCAAAUCGAUGGGAGGAGAAUUUUGCGUGGCUGCAACGUUUGGGACAUCCAGAUCGUGGUUUGCAAAUAAUGCAGGUCUGAAAAGAGAAAAAGAUCAGUCCAAACAAGUCGUGGUUGAAUCUCUCUACAUUAUUAGCUGCUAUGGGACCGUUGUGGAGCACAUGAUGGAGCCAAGGCCGCUCAGUUCUGCCCCCAAGAUUAGCGAUGACACCCCACUGGAAAUGAUGACCUCACCUCGAGCCAGCUGGACUCUGGUUAGAACUCCUCAGUGGAAUGAAUUGCAGCCGCCCUUCAAUGCAAACCACCCUCUGCUCCUCGCUGCAGAUGCUGUGCAGUACUAUCAGUUCCUGCUUGCUGGCCUGGUUCCCCCUGGAAGUCCUGGGCCCAUGACUCGGCAUGGGUCCUAUGACAGCCUAGCUUCUGACCACAGUGGACAGGAAGAUGAAGAAUGGCUGUCUCAGGUAGAAAUUGUAACGCAUACUGGACCCCACAGGCGGCUGUGGAUGGGUCCACAGUUCCAGUUCAAAACCAUCCAUCCCUCAGGCCAAACCACAGUCAUAUCAUCCAGUUCAUCUGUGUUGCAGUCUCAUGGUCCAAGUGAUACUCCACAGCCCCUUUUGGAUUUUGAUACAGAUGAUCUUGAUCUCAAUAGUCUCAGGAUCCAGCCGGUCCGCUCUGACCCAGUCAGCAUGCCAGGGUCAUCCCGUCCAGUCUCUGAUCGAAGGGGACUUUCCACCGUGAUUGAUGCUGCCUCAGGAUGUUAGAAGAUGAAAUUCAAGUUAACAGUGUGGAAAAAUUUAGCUCAGCACAAUUAAGAAACAAAUGGUUGCCCCACUUGAAGAUGAAGAAACUGUAAACAGAAGUAGAAGAAGCUGUUGGGAAAGUUUUUUUCUGAUGACACAUUGCUUCUUGGAAUAAAUCUUUGUGUCAACUAAAACCUUGCCUUGGCUUUCUCUAUUGCAAGCACCGAGCUCUUGACAUGACUUUAAGUCUUUCCUAAGCAUUUUGAGAAGGAAUUGAUGGAAUUCUCCCUACUGUUGAUAUACCAGGGUACCACAUAUUUACAUGGGACUUUUUGGCCGAAAGACUCAGCGUCUCCUUUUCUGUACCUUUAUUACUACAUUUUUAAUACGAGGCUGGACUGUUUAUGUAGUCUGUUGCCUGAGACUGUGGUGGCAGAGGGACAAUAUUGGGGGCAGUAUUAGCAUUUGUUUAAGUCUGAACCAGGAAUUCCAUUUGUCUUAGUGACAUUAGUGUCAAACUGUUAGUGCCACACUAUUUUAAAUUGUGUCCGAGAGCCUGAGAGGCUUAUGCUUAUAGGUGUCAUCUAUAAACUUAGAAACAAACAAAAGAGGCUCUCUCCCUUGAAUAUGGAAGCCCAGCGAGCAAUUAAAAAGCAGCCUGGGACCUCACCCGGGCAACUAGUCAGAGCCAGAGCUCGCGAUAUUUCCCUGGAUAUUGUUGAAAACUGUCAGAGAAAAAGCUAAAGCAAAUAAUCAAAGUGAAAAUAAUGAUACCCAGGAAAAGUCUUGUUUGGGGGCGCUAAGUGUAGUGGAAAGAAUAGUGACUUUUGAAUCUUUGAUUCUAGUCUCUGCUCUGCCUAUAACUGUCUGCUUGGCAAAUUGCUUCCAAAUCCAAAGCUUUCUGCCAUAAAAUAAGGGAAUCGAAGUAGGUUAUUUCCAGAUUUCCUUCUAGCUUGAAAAAUUGAUGAGUUGGUACUUUGGAUUGCUUUUGAAGAAUUUUUUUUAAAUUAGGGUAUAAUGUACAUAUAGCAAAAUUGCAUGGAUCUUAAUCAUAUAGUUUGUUGAAUUUUUAUACCCAUGUAAUCACCACUCAGAUCAAAAUUAGAAUAUCGCCAUCAUUCAAGAACGUUCCCUUUGGCCCCUUCCUGGUAUAUGACCUUUGACCUCAAGAUUACCACUCUGACUUUCAUCAUUGUAGAUUAGCUUUAUCUGUAUUGAACUUAAUGUAAAUGAUAUCAUUCUGUAUCUAUUCUUUUGUGUCUGGCUUCUUUUACUGAAUGUUUUUGAGAUUCAUCUGGGUGUUACAUAUGUCACUAGUUCAUUUUUUUUUUAAUUGCAGUGCAGUGUGAAUAUAACAGUUUAUGUAUCCAUUAUCCUGUUGUUUUCAGUUUUGGGCUUACCAUGAAUAAAGAUGCUAUAAACUUUCCUGUA